GCUCCUCCAAACCUGAACGGCCUUUCUUUCCUUCCCUUGUGGCGGAAAGACAUACACCCCUUGUCAACGGUCAGCAAUCCCAGCUUCCGCCUGCGGAUUCUGCUUUGUUUUCGCCCGGACCGGUCGCUCCAGAUCCCGUUGUCAGACCGCCGAGUGUGCGGCCGGAAAGUCGCGCGUCGAUCCACCCCUCCCCUCAGACGUUGAUGGUGCCCCCAAUUCAUCAUAGACCGUCUGAAGAGUCCAUUCUCAAGACGCCCUCCUCCCUUGCCCAGUCUAUCUUCCCUCCGACUGCUUCCCGCACGUCGUUGCCGGCGUCUCUGUCCACUGACCCCAAGAGGAAAGGUCUCCUCGGAAUGUUCAGAGCCAAGCCAGGAAAUGAAUCUGAGCCAGAACCUUACAGUCACAAUCGUCCCAGUAGCCGCAACACGAGAUCCACUGCGCACCGGGACGAGGAUACCCCUCGGGCGGUUCCUCCAUCGCCGAUCACAAUUCCCAAGCCCCAAGCCGUAGCGCCAGAUCGCAAGAGCCCGAACUCGAGGGUCUUCUCCUCAUUCCGCUACCUCACGACCAAGCGAUAUAACCGAGUGUCGACCGCCUCGAUGGAUGCAGUUGAUGGCACUGCGACAAACACAGUGAUGGGAUCGCCGACAGCGUCUCAUCAGAGCAGCCAGUUCCCGAGCAGCUCGCCGCCGCAGCGAGAUCCAUGGGCGGCCACCGAGGACUGGAGGGUUUCGGAGCAAGCCCACCACGAAACGAGCAGGCGGCCGGGCCGGAGACAGCGACCUGGGAUCGUAUUCGAUGUACCAGAGGAUCCAUUCGAGGAAACUAAACGCUCGCGGCCGGCGCGUCUGCGGAAGUCUGCGCCGACGCCUCAGCCCGAGCCGGAUGCGGCCGAUGUGCCUGCUGCUGAGCCAGACGAGUGAAUUAUGCUCAUUAACGUGCUAGAUGCUAUAUAUUGCUCUCGCUAUGCUUUCAAGAAUAGUCGUGUAUCAUAUCUGAGGGGAUUAUGCUAUGUAUUGUAUUGCUUUGAGUUCAGCGGAACCCCAUCGUAAGUUGGACGAGACGGAUAAGGCCAAGAGGCGGAUCGCGAGCAGGGACAUUGUGAAACCGACCAACGCUCGGACGUGAAACAGCUCCGGAUUUCCAUCGCACGUGAGUGGAUAUGUCAGGCGGAUAAGAUUAGAUGUAAUAUUCGAUUAAUCACAUGCAGAUACGAGUUCCUGGCCGCUAUAGCUUCGAUCCCGACUUGCGUUUGGGCUCAGUGUGAAGCUGCUGCACCCAUCCAAACUUGGCAUCCGUCCUGUUUUCUCGACGGGGCACUGAAGUGAGCAUCCGAACGAACACGGUCAGAUUGAGCAGUGCAGAGACCCCCGGCGAGUGACGCACCCCAGUCUCGACCUCCGUCGACUGCAGACGGGCACACACUCUUCCAGUCGGCUUUGGUUGGGGAAAGGAACAGCGAGCUCCCGCAGUUUGAGCAGAAAGAGCGAAUCAGCGUUUGUCCGCUCGUCGUGUCGGAGUCGUGGUACUGCUUCACAAGUCCCUCGCCUUCUGUCACGGAUAUUUUCUAUGUGGGGUUAUCAGCGAGGGUUUUUGAAGACACGGUCAAGCGAUGUUCACAUCCGGGGCGAAGAACGCGUUCGUCAUGAAGGCAGACCCCGCCGACUUCUUGCAGUUGGGGCAGUGACAGACCAUAUAAGAGAAAGGAUCUCCUUGGACUGUGAAGCGCACUCUCUUGCACAAGCAAGAACCUUGUCGGAUGGUGGCCAUCCUCCAAGUUGAGGUGUGGGGGGAGCUAGUAGAUGAUCAACCGGUAGGACAACUCGAAUAAGCGACCGAUCGCGGG